GACAAAGGCCCUACACGCCUACACAGCCUGAUUGUAAACAAACGCUACGGUGACGUCCUCACGCAGCUUUUGUCAACCGUUUUGAAAGAGGCAGUUGUGCAAGGCCAAAUCUGCCUUAUGCACGUUAGUAUGGUUGAACAAGUCAUGCGCACCGGUUUUGCCGGUCUUGUGCUAGAGGCUCCAGCAGUGGAGACACGCCUUUAUCAAAAGGCCCACAUGCUCCGAAAGUUCCUUGGAGUAAAGAUCGGUUUCGUUGCUGGUUCCUAGCUUUUCGUGGACACUUUUGUUCGAUUCUGAAGGUUUUGUAUUUGGAAAGGAUACCUUGGUGGUUUCGAUCAACGUGCCGGCAGGAUGGGGAAUAACCCGUUCAAAGUACCCAGCAGACCGGGCGUUGACAUAAGCGUAGGGACCUACCAUGGACAGGACAACCCGGUCGACGUGCUCGAAGGAGAAGAAGUCAAAGAGAUACCGGACUACGAGGAAGGCAAAAUGUCCGACCCCGACAUCGACCGGCAAGACUCACGUGCACCCCUCAAGGACAACACAGCUGCCGCCGACGACGACGCGAUCGUGGACGUGACAUCCAGCAGCGAGCCUGGCGGGGAGACUGAGCUGGUUUGUGGUGUGGGUCCCUGCCGACCACGCCGCCUGCAGUGGCUGGCCGGUGGGCCCAAGGCAUUCGCACUGUGGUCAAUGAUGUAUCUUCUGAUUAAGACCUCCGCUACCGUUUACCUGGGCUCUGUUGUCUCCACCAUCGAGAAGCAGUUCAAGCUGUCCAGCACUGAAUCCGGUGCCAUCAUUAUCCUCAAUGACGCCUUGGACAUGGCCCUAGUUAUUUUUGUGGCUUACUUUGGCCACAAGGGUCAUCGCCCACGCAUCAUAGGCGUGGGCAUUCUGUUGUCUGGGCUGGGCAUCUUUCUCUGCUCCGUGCCGCACUUCAUGCUGGAUCCCUACACCAGGGUCCCACUGGGCUGCAACGAAACGGAACCGUUCGUGGACUAUUGCUCGGCGGACGCCAAGGACAAGAUUGAUCCUUGCAACGUUGAGUACGAACAGCCUGGCUUCAACCCAGUGUCGUGGCUGAUCAUCGGUCAGAUACUGCUGGGCAUUGGUAACGUACCGAUGAAACCCCUCGGGACCACGUACAUUGACGACGCCGUCGGCAAACACACAACGCCCAUCUACAUUGCCUUUCUUUUCAUCGCCGUAUCCAUUGGACCCCUCCUCGGUUUCGGGCUUGGCUCGGCCGCGCUUUCCCUCUUCGUGGACUUCGACCGAGUGGCCCAGGAGGACAGACCGCCAGUCGACCAGAAUGACCCGCGCUUCAUUGGUGCCUGGUGGCUAGGCUUCGCUUGCCUCGGUGUCGCAGUCACGCUCAUCGGUGUGCCUUUCUUCUUCUUCCCACGGAUGCUCCCCAAAUCCAAGGAGAGACAGAAGGAGGAGAAAGAGGCCAAGGAAAAGGAGCUCGAGGCAAGUGAAGACAACGGCAUACAAAUGAAACGACUUCCCGAGGACGAGGUGAACGGAGAGGCUGGGAAAGAGGUCAAAGAAAAGUCAAACGUCAAGGAGAAGGGCCCCAUCCACAAGACGUUCUUCUCUUCCGUGAAGGGUAUGUUCUUCACCUAUUUGAAGAUUGUAAUGAAUAUUGGCCUGCUUCUUCUGUGCAUCUCAUCUGCCAUGGAGGGUGCCAAUGCCGCCGCAUUGGGAGCCUUCGCUUUGAAGUAUUACAACGUGGAGUUUGCCGUGUCUGCUUCCUUGUCUUCUCUGCUUGCAAUUGCCGUCUUCCCUUUCAACCUGAUCGGUUCCCUGGUUGGUGGUUGCAUCAUCAAGUGGCGAAAGUGGUCUCCGGCAAAGUGCGCCCUCUUUCUUCUCUUCGGGGAUGUGGUAAGCAUCCUCGGUGUCCCGGCGUUCCUGGUGAUGGGCUGUCAGACUCAAGCUAUUGCUGGCGUCUCGACUGAGUAUGCACCGCCAGCUCCUUACAACAUGAUUCCACCAUUGCCGGAAAUGCCUGUGACACACCUAGACUCAGUCCAGAUGGCCAGGUCUGUCUGUAACAGCAACUGUACGUGUGGGGAUGAGGAUUACAAUCCCGUUUGUGGUAGUGAUGGCCUGACUUACGUGUCACCCUGCUACGCUGGCUGCGAGGUUGUGAUCAAGGGGACAGAUGAAUUCAACAGGACCAUCUAUAGCUUUGAUGACUGCCGAUGCAUCAACCCCGUGACUGGCUAUGCCAACGCCACGGACGGGGAGUGUUCGGCAGACUGCCAGUCAUGGCAUAUCCCUGUGUUGAUCAUCGUCAGCAUCAUAAUAACAUUCUGCGGCGGUUUGGGGCAGAGCGGGUUGGUGCUCAUCACCUUGAGGAUUGUUGAAGAGGACAUGCGAUCGGCAGCACUUGGUUUUCAGUCGGUCUUCCUGAAUCUUUUAGGCUUCUUCCCAGCCCCAGUCUACUUUGGAGCUCUGAUCAACCUUGCCUGUAUCCUGUGGGCUUACGAAGGUGAUUCAAGAGGCAACUGUCUGGUUUAUGACAGAGAUAACAUUCGCUACGCCUUCCAUGGCAUGCAAGGCGCCCUCAAGGUCGUUGCCAGCGUGUUCUUUAUUGGUGUUUUCCUGGUCCUCCGCGACCCCAAGGGAAAGAAAUACAAAUCGCAGGAAGAGGAAAAGACUGAACAGAUUACAUAAAUGGAUAUGCUUGACGUAUGCGUUAAAUCGUUCAAUGUCUAUACUGGCCAUGUGUACCUUUUGGACUAAAGUACCACCGUAUUAAGCAAUACUUGAUGAUAAAUGUCUAUAAAUAUUUUGUGGUUGGCAUUUUUUUUGGAAUCCAGUUAAAAGAAAACUGGAUUGCAUUUGUUGAAUUUGAAAUGCAUUUUCACCUAGGUUGUUAGUUUUUGAUUUUUCUUUUCAGUUUUAAUUUAAUUUAAUUUUCUUUCCUGCAUGAAUAAGAAAUUUAUUUGCCGGAAGUGUUUUCUCUUGCCAGCUUUCACAGGCCAAGUUGAGUUAAAGAAAUACUGAAACAGAUACUGAAAUCAAAAUGGAAAAACUCCCUGGGACUAGGGUAUUUUUCAAAUUCAAAUUACAUAGGAAAACCCCACCUUGAAUUAGUAUUACUGAAAAUCGUAUAUCUAACAAAUACAUACAAACGUACAGGAUUUCAUUUGCCCAGAGUCUUUCGUUUCUUUUCCUCGUUCAAGUAACACCCCCUACAGUGUACACAUUUAAAUUUAUGAUAUAAUGUAAAAGUUUGGAGGUAAUGAAGUUCAUUUGUUUUUUUGUGUUUUAGUUCUUUUUUAUCUUUCUCUCAUAGACAUAAUUUCGUAGACAAAGCAUAGCCAUGUAGAAAAGAUAUUAAUUGUGAUAUUAAGAUAGACAGUGAAUUUUGGAAGAAUGUUUCAUAGGGCUGAUCUAUAUUCUGAAGGUACGUUGGAAAAUUCGGGGGAAUUUUUAAGACAUCAGGUGGUCACCAUAAUAGGAGUGAAUUUCAGUGUUACAUUUUGUCAAUGAUUUGUUUGAAUCUUUGUGUGUGUGUGUGAAUUUUAUUUCUUUACUUUUGUGUACAUUGCCGAUCAUCGAGAGAUUCAUAUGAGCUUCAAUCCAAGUUCAAAAUGUACACGUGUUCAGGAAAAAGUAAACUUGAGCCUUUGCUCAAGAUCUGACAUCUUAGCAAUAUCGAUAUUAUGUUGGAAUAAAUAGAACUUAUAACUAAAAAAAUUGUACUACAAUGAAUUUUUGCCUUCCAAGCUGUUAGAAAAUUUGUUCACCAAUUUCUGUGGCGUUUAUAAGUAUAAUCCUUGAGUUAUUUAUUAACAUUCAUUUGAAUUACAUGUUAAACUUUAGAUAUUUUUCUUUUGUGUCAUAUUAUAGAACUAGAUUAAGGUUAGAGCCUUAAGGCUAGACACAAUUUACGAAUGUUAUGAGGUUUAUUGGUAUAAGUCAAUCAAUUAGUAAUAAUUGUAAGUGGUAAUUAAUGAACUGAAAAUUGUGUCGCUUGUUGAGCGUCCUCUGAUAAAAAUAUUGAGGAUUACAUUACAUUUCAUAAAGUAUGAAAGUGCUUUCUAAAUUGUUUGUGUGUUGUUAAAUACGGAGAUCGGUUUAUUUGGGAAUACAGCCAAAUGCUGUCAUAUUCUAUUA